GUUCCACCCACACCCCCCCACGCACAUCAUCGCCCGGCACAGCAUUGCAUUCCCUCUGCCUGGUCUCUGCGUCUCCAGCCUCUUCCCAGGAAUUCUCGACAUCUCCAAGAGAGGAGCAAGGAAUGGGAGAGACACCGGAUAAACUCCGGCCCAGAAUUGCUGCCCACGAGAGAGGGCCUGGCCCCGGGAGAUACGCGCUGCCCCCAACCAUCGGCUCUGUGGGUCACGACUUCACCAGACAUGCCAACCCCGCGUACUCGUUUGGGAAGAAACACACGAGCGCACUAUAUUACAGUGACUGCAGCCCAGGACCCCAGUAUUACGUGGACCCGAAAAUCACACGAUUCGGUCAAAACGGAACUCCAGCUUACUCCAUGUUAGGCCGAGCAAAACAUUCCAGUAAGUAUUCCGAGACCCCUGGGCCAGGAGCGUACAGUGCUCCGAGCGGCCCCCCACUCAACGAGCACCGACCUCCCGCUUACUCCAUGGGCUCCCGCACCAAGUACCGGAAACUAGACAGCGUCCCGGCCCCCAAUCGCUACACUCUGCCCUCACUGCUCGGCCCCCGCGUCCCCACCAAACCCGCCAGCGCCAGCUACACCGUAUCCGGCAGAGUCCAGGCCGGCGGCUUUGCCGAGGAUCUGUCCAAGACACCGGGACCCGGCAAGUACAACAGCACGGACCCCAGUGUGUACCUGCGCCGGCCCCCAGCCUACUCAAUGCUCGGCCGCGGCCCGGAGCCCCGGAACCUCGCACAGAGACCGGGCCCCGGGGCCCACAGACCGGAGAAGGUCAACCUCCACAAGCCCAGUGUCCCCGCUUUCUCACUGGGGGUCAGGCACUCCGAGUACGUGACCCCAUUCAUCAUCGAUGUGACAGACUGACAGAGAGAGCCCAGAGACACA